AUCAUCUGGUAUCAGCUGAAUACAAAUACAUGUGAAUAUAUUGAAAUGUGUUAGUGAAAAUCGUCAUAUUGUAAAUCAGUGUGUAAAUCCAAAUCCGGUACAUCUAAAAGCAACUUAUCGCAAGAUGUCGGGGAAUGUUUUGGGCGAUGAGUUAUUAUGUUUUUGAUGGAAAUGACUUCUUUGUUGCUUACGAUAAUCCGGCCUAAGUUUAAUUUCAAAGUGUUAUAAAAGUUUCUUGUGUAAUCAACGAACUUUGAAACACGUAUAUAACUUCUCUCGUUUUAUAUAUGUUUAAUAAUAAAAGAAAGAAAAAAAAAUAUCGAGAGGUAGUGAAUAUUUUUUAAAGCACACUGUGAAUGUGUAUAAAUUGUGUGCAAUUUUUUCGCGAUUAAAUAAAAUUAUUAUAUUAUAGUUAAACGAUUUUUUUGUUUUUUUAUUUUGUUUUUUUUUUUUUUGCUCAUCGAAAAACUGUCAUCAUUUUAUAUAUAUAUAUAGUAUUCAUUGGUGAUUGGAAUGGGAGCAAAAGCUAGCACUGUUGCACAGUCUGCAGGGGGCAAUGGCCAAUCUUCCACAGGGGACAAUGAAACAGCAAUGCAAGGUUUUUCAAUUUUACGCUCACUUCCUGGUGGUGUUGGAUUACUUCAACAUCAACAGGGAAAUCAAUCGCAAACAUCACGAGUUACUGGCGAUAGUAGACAAAGAGCUCGUUCAUUAAGCUCUGUUCCUGAUCUUUCAUCUGGUGAAUCUAGUACUCUUGCAUCGGCUGUUGGAGUUGGUGUUGGACAAACACUAGGUCUACCACAACUUGAUGUUGAUGACAUUGACGAAGAAAGCGGCAGAGUCUACGCUGCUCACAGCUUGCCUUCGCACAUUUGGUCUUUAAAUGGUUUAAAAUGUCCAGUGUGCUCCAAAUUCAUCCUGCCAGAUGACAUUGAAUGUCAUUUGGUUAUGUGCCUGACCAAACCGCGUCUUAGUUACAACGAGGACAUAUUGGCAGAUGAAAAAGGCGAAUGUGUCAUUUGUCUUGAGGAUCUACAACCUGGAGAUGUCAUAGCCCGCUUGCCUUGUCUUUGCAUAUAUCAUAAAAAUUGCAUUGAUAGAUGGUUUCAAGUAAAUCGUAGUUGCCCCGAACAUCCUGGUGACUGAUUUGUACUCUGAAAUUGGAAUAAAUGUGAAAUCAACUACUGACCCAUAUAGGAUGCUAGCGUCGGUGAAAACCGAAAUAAAUGAAAUGGCAGAUUGUAAAGAAAAAGAAAAAAAGAAAAAAAAAAAAAAAAAAAAAAAAAAACUAGUCAAGGUGGCCGCUAGUCCGUGAUGGUGAUUUGUGUAUAUGAUGAUCGUAUGAUUGAGCGAAACUCAAGUGAAUCGAACAUUUAAGGACAAUUAAUCCAAAAUUCGACCUUUUAUUGUAUUAUUAAGCAAAGAGACAAAAAAAAAAAACAAAAAAAUUAAGAAAAAAAAAGAAACUAUCGCCAUAAGAUUAACAAAAUACAAUGCUAUUAAAAAUACACGUAUCUAUAGUUGCACUAUUACUGUUCAAUCGCUUAAACUCAAUUGUACGAUAUUUAUAAAUUUUAAAAAUUGUUUAACGUUUUUACAUCACGAUAUUGCGUUAAACUCCGCGAUGAUUAUCAUUUAUGAUUCAUAUAUUUGUCAUUUCUUUCAAUGAUUGGGGGGGGGGGAUUGAUGAAAUGUGAAGAUAAAUGGAAAGAAUCAGCUAAUUGAAACAUUGGAUGGGUUUCUAUCAUCUUAUAUAUAGAUAAGUUAGUUUUUUAAUGAUUUUAAUAAACCAAGACAAAAUGAUUGUUUAUGUUGUUUGCUGGAGCAAAAGUAACUAGAAAGGAUAUUUUUGAUACUUUCAUAAAAUGGGGGAAAGAAUGGUAAUUUAAAAUGAAAAAAAGAGUUUCAAAGCGAAGGACAAGCGAUAAUGCUGUAGUUAAAAUAAAAAUAAUAAAAAAAAAAGGUUCUGAUUUUAACCUUCAUCAUUAUUUUUUGUGUUUCUAACAAGUACUGAUUUUUUGAAACACACUAAUUCAAAAUUUAUUUAGUACUACAUCUCUUAUUGUUAGUGGAAAGUUAAUGUUUCUGACAAUUUACAUUUUUAUACAUCUUUAUGAGAAAAUAAAAAAAAAAAACAAAACAAAAUGUCGAAGUAGCAGGAUGUAAUAUAAAGUCUACGCUUUUUGUGUAUAAGAAUUAAGUGACUUCAAUUGUAUAAAAAAAAAAAAAAAAAAAACGUUCUAAAACAAAUCUUAAUGUCGACAAAUGAUUAAAAAUUGUCAAUUUUUUUGUUUUAAGUAUUUUAUUAAUGAAAAACAUUUUUAUUAAAUACAUUCUCAUUGUAUGAGAAAGUAUUAUUAUUUUCUUUGUUGAAAAGUGACACUGUUUUUCUCUUUUCUUGAAAUUGAUUUUUAUUACGUUGAAAAUUUUCUUGAUGAUUGUUUUUAUUUCAUGAUUUUGAUGGAUUUUCAUUAUAAAUCAGGCAGUGUUUAGCAAACGAAAAAAAAAAGGUUGUGUUAUUAGAAAGUAGUAUACUAUAUUAUAUAUUCGAGAUUAAUUGAACAAUGCUGGUUAUGUUUACUCAAAUGAAAUUUUAAAAACUGGAGAAAAAUAUAAUCUGCUGUUUGUAUAAUA